AUGGAGAAACUCAAGAAUAUUGUUACCAUCACAUUAGCACUCUUUGCGGCAUUAAUCAUGGUGUUCUUGCCAAAGUCGGAGUGCCAAAUUAAGCAACCACCACCGCUCGUUCCCCGUCCGCUUUGUGCCUCCCAAUUUUCACUCGCUAACUAUGCAUGCGCAAUGGUGCCAGCGGCAUCAGAACCCUCCCCUCCUUCCCUAAACAAUGGCCUCGACGAGGAGUUGGACGACGACGCAGAUGAUGACGAAGAAGAAGAGCACCAUCACAAUCACAAUCACAAUCACAAUCAUCAGCACAGACAUAGAGGAUACCGGCACAAUGGCAAGCACCACCUGCCACAAAAUAUAGACAAUUGUUGCCGGUGGAUAUCCCAGAUAGACAGCGGUUGUGUAUGUGAGCUGCUGUUUUACCUGCCCGGAUUCGCGACCUUCCUAAUGAGGCCCCUGCACGAUUUCACCGUUGAGAUUACUGACUCUUGCAACGUUACAUACUCGUGUGGGGGGGUUCAAUAUUAA